AACGUUUGUUUACAACAUUUUGUGAUUACUAUUACAGUCUAACGAGUGAUUGACAUAUCGGUGGACAUGGAGGACGAAGACUUGGAGGAAAUGAAGUUCUUAAGAGAGAAGUACAGAACUAUGGAAGCGGUGGACAACAAGAAGAUAAUUGGAUUCAAAUUCGACUUGAAUUCCGCCACCAAAAGGAGUCAAACGAUUCCCAAAUCAAUGCAACCCAAAGAAGACCAUUCACUACAGGAUCCCGAAGACAAACACAUGACGGAAGUGAUGGGCUUUUCGACGUUCGGUCGGACGAAGAGUUCGACGAAGAAUGAGUCAAAAAGUGCCCAAAAGUUUGAUAUCGAGAAACUGUUGGCCGAAAGACCGAACGCUAAUAAAUGGAAAGUUUUCGGACAAUCGAGUGGUGAUAUCGACGAUAAGAACGACUCGACUAACAGUUCCGAGACUAAAGAGGCGCCGAAUAAAGACAUCAAAUCUGAUGAUAAAAGUGAUAACAAAUCGACUGAAAAGCAGACAAUUAUGGCGAAUGAAGACGACUCUGAUUCGGACUCAGACCUCAUUGGACCACCACUUCCGCCGGGAUUUCAAUUGGAAUCCGAGACCAAAGAAGACACCGAAGAGAGAAGUGAUGACGAGUUGAGUGAU